AUGGGAGACGGCCGUUCUCCAAUUGCCACUUCAAACCAAAAUUUGCCUCGUUCUAACACGGAAUCCAAUACUGCUAAUGAUGAGAAAGUAGUGGUCACCGAGGUUCUUCAAAAGUUUGCACUUGCUAGUAGCGACACUUUUGGCCAAGUUUACAUACCCUGUGAAGCGUUUUCAUUGAACCCCGUCCAACUUGACCAGUAUCUGGAAGAAGGAGAUGAACUAAUAGUGACGUUACGAGCUCAAAACGAUCCGAAAAACUACGGCGGUUGUAGAUUUUUUGCAUCAACGGCAACGAGGAUGAGGAAGGAGGGUGAACAAGAUGUUGGUGCGUUGCAUUUUUUCACUGCAGUGUCGCUUUUGCUAGUUAGAUAUUCGUGA